AUGGUUUGAAUGACUUCAACCAAGUUCCUGUUUCCUUUUUACAGAACUGAAUGUUAUUUUAGUCAGCAAGCGCCUGGAUUUUUCAUCGUGAUGUACGGCAGCUAAAGAAGUUAUUCUAAUAUAUACACUCUGCUUUCUACAGAAAUAAAAAGGGUUAUAAGCUCCAAACAACAAUUAUAUUUCAUCUGGCAUUUUACAGUGAAAGUCUCAGCCUGUUGUAUCUGUGGAGCAUUUUCUUGAAAAGGCGACAUCAGUGCACUGGAUCCUGGCUGUCGUGUGCAAGGCUGAGCUGCAGCAAAAGCCCUGGCUGCAUCAAGAGAGGAAAAGGGGGGAGUGUUUCCAACUCCUUUGAACAGGAAAGCAGAAGGAAGGAUGACUUCUCACAACAUGACAUGGAUCAGCUACCCAAGCAAGAACCCGGUUUUCACCACCCCAGAAGAAAUCCAAGACAUCAUAGCUUCUCAAAACAUCAUAUCCAGACUUAUGCACUGCUACAUCGCCCUUUUUGUGCCCACAGGAUUAGUAGCUGGCAUAUGUAUUUUGAUUGUUUUCAUAAAGAAUUAUGUGCAGCACAAAGUCAUGGAAAACUUGGACUUGUUUCUUCUGCUCUUCACCAUCAGCACUAUUAUAAUGAUUUCUUUAUCGUUCACUGUCAUUACUAGACCCGACUAUUUAACAGCAACCCACCUCACCUGUAACGUACUGUCAUUUUUUUUCAACUUCAGUUACUUCAGUUCUCAGUAUGUUUUCAUUUUGACGCUUCUCACACUGUUACUCAAGAGGUUUCCACCACGGACUGCUCUGUGCAAAGCCACCCAAAGACCCAUCCUGUGCGCUGGAAUUGUGCUCACAUACACCUUCUGUUUGUCCCUGACUGAGGCAGUGCUGGUCGGCACUGACAACUAUCACCUGGAAACAGACUGCCAGUUAGAUCCACUGUUUGCACGGCCUGAAUACGAGAUCAUUAAAUUCACAUUUGGGUUUGGAAUCCCCUUGUUUCUUCAGACACUCUGUUUUACUGUUCUCGUGGCUAAAGCAGCACCUGCUGAAGCUCCAGCCCUACAGCAGCACAUCCGCACUUACCCCGCCGUGUACCUGAUCAGCGUAACAAUGUCCAUGUGCCGCCUGUUUUACAACCUCAUGCUUCUCUUCAGGACAUCACUGAAAUUACAGAAGAGCAUGGGAACCACGAAGAACGAGCUUGUGAUGAAUAUUGCAGAAAUAGUGCUGUUCUGUGAGAGCUGUGCUAGCUUGGUAUUUAUACUUUGUUUUCACAAGCCAUGCAAGGAUGAAAUACUCAAAGUCAUACAGAACUGCCGAAGGAAAACCAGUGCCAACAAUCACCUUGAAAUACCAGAAGCAAAUGCGCCCCAUGAGAGCGAGUGUCAGUAAUACUGUUCUGAACAGCUGUCAAUCCACUUUACUUUUCAGUUUGUUUGUGGGUUUUGGUUUGGUUUUUCACUUCUUUAAAAAAGGGUGAUUGUUCCUUCUUUAGAACCCAAACUUGGCCUAUCUUACAGCUAGCAGUACUGGAAAAAGAAGAGAUCUUUAAUUCUAGUAUUUAUAGUGAUCUUUGAGAGAAUACGUAGGGUCUGGGGUUGUUUGGGUUUUUUUUUAAUGUAUAUAUACACAUAUAUAUUAAAGUGGUCUAUUUUCUGCAAACGUUACUUCAAAGCCAAGUAGGAAGAUGGGUACUGCUGCCAUAGAGCUGUGCUUCUGCAAUAAUAUCAACGCCCAAGCAGAACUGCAAGCAAAAACUUGGCAGAAAGCAACUCUGAACAAAAGCAAAAAUCCUCAGCCAAAGCAUUCUCUCAGGUAUGCUUCCUCUUUUGACUUCUUACCCUACAAACUAUGUUUGUAACACUGGUAAAUCCAAGGAGCAGCAGCAGUGAAGUUUUUGUCUGACUUCUUGUGCCACAAAAAAUUCAAAUUAAUGGAAACACUGGUCCAUAAAGGAAAGCUUCAAGUCCUUUGUGAGGUACUGAACUGGAAAGAUCAACAGGAUGGCUAAUUAAAGCUCUGUACAAGAAUGAAAGCUUUUUGUUAAUGUCCUCUCAGCUUCCACUCUGCAUUUAGACUUAGGGAAAUUACUGAUUUAAACCAUUCCUGAUGAGUUCAUUCAGAAGUGUGAAGUCGCAUGCGUUGGAAGAGUCACAUUCAAAAACACACUAAAUAAAAACCAGAGAAAUGCCAGUCCAGAACAGUGUAACUGAGGUGUGUUUUUAAGAGGGCAAAAAAAAAAAAGCAGAGCCCCAGUUCCUAAAUGAAAUCAAAGCUCUGCUGGAGAAAAGACAGAAGCGUUGUAUGUGUAGAUGAGAGUGGAUGUGUCGAUGGUGCAAGAAGGGGAAAGAAUCUGAAUCAGAAUUAAACAGCUGUGGUACAGGAGGUGAGAUGUGGUCCUGCAGAAUUAGUAGCUGAUGCAGCUGAGAUGUAGGUGCAAAGCUCACUUUGAGCAUAUUGUUAUGUCACCAAAUCUGGCCAGGAGCCACCUUACAUAUUUGGCUUUGGUUUCAGCUUUUCCUCUCAUAGAGGUGGAGAGAACGGAAACAGGAAAAGCACAAAAUUGUAUUAGAUCUUGGAUAAUGACGUCAGCUUAGAUCACAGAGUUAUAAAAAUACAGUCCUGUGAUGUGCAUGGCUCAAGCAACCUGGAGAGUUUUGAGAAAACUCAUUUUUAUGCUUAAAUCCGUUCCUUUGCAUGACACUUGGAUGCUAAGGGAACUGACAGGUUUUUUUGCAGUUUUGAAAGGUCUUUGAAAGGUCUUCCUGAGGGGGUCCAGAUUUGCGUGGGGAGCUGGUGCAGAUCAGCACGAGCUGCCUAAGAGAGAAAAGCAGGAACUGAUCGACUGAACAUCUUCCACAAAACUACAGCCAAAUGCAGAAAUGGAAGAAUAAAGGACAUUUGUUCAAUAAUAAUACAGAAUAUAGAUUUAGUAUCUAGAGAUACAGAUCUAGUCUUAGUCAUCCAAGUCCUGAAAUGUAUAGACCAUGACUAUAUCACAUGCAAAUAAAGGGCAACAUGAAGUUUCACUGUGUCUGUAAGGACCAACAUUUCUGCAAGAUGUAAAAGUCAACUGGUAAGAUGUCUGCAUUACGUUGUGUCAGUCUGUUUUCCUGUUCAAUUUUGUUCUGCUGCCAGCAUGAACAGAUGGAUAAUUAAAAAACUCUACAUAUAAACAGAUCAUUAUAGAACAUGGUCAGAAAGGAAGUACGUAGAUAAGAAUCAUCUCUUGGAAUACAAGAGCCAAUUCCAUACUUGUGAAAGGAAUUCUCUGGUGGCAUCAGAGGUUUUCCUUUGCACCUGAGAAGAGGGAAAUUAAACAACAUGGACCAAAGAUCAGCCCUGCAGAAAGAAGUUUGAAGAGAUGAGUUGUAAGAGUUGUAAAUCAGUGGAAAAGCUGAACAGACUGAGUGAAGGAGCAUGUCAGGAGAUGCAAGCUGUUUAUCCCUCAGAGUGUCAUAGUUUCAGUUGUGCCGUGGAUCAGAGGUCUAUUUUCUAGCAUUGGAAUUAUGGACAAAUAAUUCUACUUUACUUACAGCUUCUAUAUCUUUUAUAUUUGAAGAUGAAAGAAUAAAUACUGUAUUGUUUCUGA